AUGGGGAAGAACUCGCAUGAGGUUAGUUCCAGGGAAGUGUUGUCAAAGCCAAAUUCCGACAACAGUGACGCGGAGCAGAACGAACUGAGGAUGUCGGUGCACAGGAGAGCUGACACCAGGAGAAGAGCAUACCCUCCUGUGGUUUUUGUAUCAACUCAGAAGACAGCAGAGACCAGGCCAUUGCUGUACAACAACCGCAGGCACUGGCUGGUGUCAGCAAGCGCACAGGUAGAAACAACCGCUGUGGCCUACCAUCGCGACGACAAGGACGAAGGCCUGAAGAAUAAGAUAAACAUGCUGGUAGCGCAGACCAUGCACGAUACAGAUGUGAAGGUGAAGUCGGUGCAGAAACUGAAAGAGAAGCACCGAGACCGCGCGCCGUACAGGGUCGGGUUCAUUCUGAGCAUGAUCAAGAAGUCUAGAGACGUGCUGAACGAGUUGUUCAACGUAGCAGUGAAGCAUAGGGAAGAGUGGAAAGCGUUGGAGCAGCUAAAGAUCUUCGAGCUAAUAGUCCACACGAACGUGGAUACGACGAACCUGGUGCGACAACUGGUGGAAAUACACAUCAACUACCUGAACACGACGAACAUGCAGUCAUCGAGACACAGCGGACAACCCAGUGACCAACCACAGGAACAGCCCAAGAACAGAGUGGUGCUGUUAUGA